UGUGCAAGGAUCGAAUGGAAGGAUCGAAGUGGGCUAACAAGUUUGAAAAAGUUUGUUUCCUGUACCCAGGAAACAUGAAACAUUAAUGUUAAAUUUCCGUGUACUUGUGAUUCAGAUAUGACUUAAUAUUAAUAAAUUACUUGAAGGUAAUCUUUCAAAACCUCUUACAUGAUUAAUGAAAUAAAAUUCUCACCCUCAAAGACGGUUUUUUUUUUUGCAGAUUACUUGAUUGAUGUUUAGCUGGUGGUAGCAAUGGGUGUGAUCCUCUCCAGGAAUAAAAAACAAAAACGACAGAGUCUCCAGACUCUUCACCAAGACAAUCAAGUUCAAGAGAACGAGAAUCCUCGGCAGAGUGACCGGGAAGAUCACGAAGACAAUGAUGACAAUUCGUCUGACAGAGACGAGGGCCAUGAAUCAGAAUCAGAGAAGAGCUCCCACGUGGAAGAAGACAACAAAAGCGAUUCUGAGAAGGAAGAAAGCGAUCAUGACAGCAAGGAAGAUAACCAGAGCAAAAGAAGUUCUUCAGCGAGCAGCAGAAAGAGCGAGUCACCAAAAGAAGAGGAACAAGAACAAGAACAAGAAAAGGAAAUUGUUCAAGAGGUUGUCUUGGAUGAGACUGAAGAUAACUUGAGCUACGAAGAGAAGGUGAAGAAAGCUUUGACCGGUGACAUGGAUUUUCAUUACCCAGAAAAAGCCAAGAUUGUUAGAAUAUUUACCAGUUCUACAUUUACAGAUACUUCUGUGGAGCGUAACACAUUGAUGGAGAGAGUGUACCCCCGGCUCAAGUCCUACUGUCAAGAGAGAGGCUAUGAUUUUCAAGUGGUCGACAUGAGAUGGGGAGUCCGAGACGAGUCCACUGAUGAUCACAUGACUACUGAGCUAUGCAUGAGGGAGCUCCGCGCAUGUCAGAAGUUGUCAACUGGACCCAACUUCAUUACUUUCCUGGGGCAAAAAUAUGGCUACCGUCCUUUUCCUGUGAAGAUCGAUGCCUCUGAGUUUGAGAAGCUCCUUGGAGCGGUUGACAACACAGACGAUCUCCAGCUACUGAAACAUUGGUUCUGGCGGGACGAUAACUCAGUUCCCGCCCAAUAUCUGUUACAACCAAUCACAUCACUGCUACCCCAUUAUCGUGAUUACGCGAACGAAGAGUUACGUAAGAAGGCUUCUGCUGAUUGGUGGACUGCGUUUGAGAGAAUGCAGGUCGUUUUGCGGAUGGCCGCUAACAAGGCUUUGGACAAGCAAAGUGAACGGCAUAAGUACUACAUGUCAGUGACAGAAGAUGAAAUCCGUAGAGGUAUCAUCAAGGCAAACGAACAAGACAAACACUGUUUCUGGUUCAAAAGGGUCAUCACAGACAUCAAUGAUAACAUAGCAGACUCCAAUACUGGGAAAUUUAUCGACAAAACGUGGGGAAAUCCUUCAUCGGUAGACGAAUCCGCACAGCAGCUGCUGAACAAACUUCGAGAGAAAGACCUUCCUGAAGCGCUGACCAACAGCAAUGUAAUUCAGUAUGAUGUCAAGUGGCAUGGUAAUGGUAUUGACCCAAGUGCGUCACAAGAGCAUGCGCAGUACAUCGAGAAGCUUUGUACUGAUUUUUAUGACACAUUAACAAAAAGGAUCAACCGAGGCAUCGAGGAGGACCAAUCGAUCAACAGAGAAGAUGAGCUGACCGAGGAAAUAUUUCAGCAUGGGUCUUUCUGCAAAAGGAAGUGCCAGUUGUUUCACGGUCGUGACGAGUUUUUGACGACUGUGAAGGAGACAGUGAAAAAAGAUCAAAUUGCCGUCCUGUAUGGAGAAUCAGGAUGCGGAAAGACUUCCUUGAUGGCCAAAGUUGCCAUGGAAGUAAAGAAAUGGCUCGGAAAGGAUUCCGCGACAGUUGUGACCCGAUUUAUCGGGACAACUCCAGAUUCAUCAGAUGUAAGAAACUUAAUGCGCAGUAUCUGUCAACAGAUUUGUAGGACCGAUGAGGAUUCUGAGAGUGACAAAGUGCCGCAGGAUAUUCGGUCCCUCCUGGAGUUUUUUCCUAAAUGUCUGGAAGACCAUGCAUCAUCUUCUCAUCCUGUGGUGCUUGUCCUUGAUUCGCUGGAUCAACUGUCGGAUGAUGACGGUGGCAGAGAGCUCGAAUGGGUUCCAAAGGAGCUACCAGAGAAUGUCUACAUUAUCUUGUCAACCCUCCCAGGAAAGGAAUACAAUUGCUUCCCCAGACUAGAGGAAAAGUACGAAGCCACCGUCCUCCUGGAAGUACCUGAGAUGCCUGUUGACACUGCCAAACAAAUACUGGACAGUUGGCUCAAAUCCUCCAGACGGCUGUUACAAAGUGAACAAGAGAAGAUUGUUUUGGAAGCCUUCGAAAAGUGUCCAUUGCCUCUGUAUCUGAAAUUGUCUUUCGACGAAGCCUCUCGUUGGAAAUCCUAUACGUCUCCAAACGAUACUAAGCUGGCACCGACAAUAAAAGGGAUCAUCCAUGACCUUCUUGAUCGUGUAGAGAGACUUCAUGGGAAAGUUCUUGUGAGCCAAGCUUUAGCCUACAUCACUGCUUCCAGGAAUGGGUUGACGGAACCCGAGCUGGAGGACAUCUUAUCACUGGAUGAUAAGGUACUCAAUGACGUCUAUCAAUACUGGACACCACCCAUUCGACGGUUACCACCUCUGUUGUGGAUACGGAUCCGGUCCGACAUUGGAGGCUACCUAAUUGAAAGAGGAGCCGAUGGUGCCCGGGUUAUAAACUGGUAUCAUCGCCAGUUCAUCGAAGCUGCCCGUGAACGUUAUCUUGGAAGCGGGCAAGCAGUCGGGAUUCAUGCAAACAUGAGCGACUACUUCCUCGGAAAAUGGUCAGGCGGGACAAAGAAGUCUUUUGUGGACAAGAGUGGUAAAGAAAUGUCUAUGGAUCGAUUGGUACCCAAGCAACCUCUGAAGUUCGACGUAAACGAAGAGAAGCCCAUUUUCAAUCGGCGCAUGUUGAGCGAGCUCCCUCAUAACCUCCUUCUGUCACACCAAGUGGAAACGCUCAAGGAAGAAACCCUCUGCAACUUCGAGUUCCUCCUGACGAAGGUCCAAGCAAGUUCUGUGGAGGCGUUGCAACAGGAUUUUAAUGCUGCUCUUGCUCUUCAUCCAGAUGACAGAGAAUUUGACCUCCUGAACAAGUGCCUCAGCUUGUCUGUACUAUCACUUAGGCAGGAUCCUCGUCAACUGUCCGUGCAGCUGAUUGGCCGUCUAUACAAGCAUAUGAAGAAGAAAGAAUUCCCAUUUCUGGCAAAGAUGUUGGAAGCUGCCCAUAACCCGUCUGUUGCUGCUUUUAUUCCCAGCCAACAAUGCCUCACACCGGCUGGAGGAUCUCUGAUAAACUCAGUGUCAAAUGAUGAGUUCCACGGUGGAAUUGAGUACGUAAAUUUCACGAGUGAUUCCAAGACAGUCGUGACCUGCAAUCGUGGUUCAGAGGGACUUUGUCUAUUGUAUCUAGAUAUAAAGAGUGGAAGGAGGCAGAGAAAGGUGUGCUUCGACGAAUCGUCAACAGAUGUGAAUUCGUGUUGGCGGGCGAUGAUCAGCCCUAAGAACGACGACAUCUUUGUUGCAUCGGGUUCGUCGGCAAACAUGUACCUCAUUAAUGCUAGAACAAACAAGAUCUUACAGGAGUAUAAGCCCAUGAAGGAUGACGGAAACUGGUUCAGAGGGUUCCCUUCCGUUGCGUUUGCAGAUGAUGAUCACAUGGUGGUUGCUCUCGGUGACUCCGGUGUGCGAAUCUGGGAGACUGCCUCUGGGAAGCUUGUUCAUGACAUUCCUGUAAAAGGUAUCAAUGUUGAGGAAACUUUUGGUCAUUUGGACGCUACCGGGGACCUUGCGGUAUAUUGCCUACGCAACCAAAAGACGGUUCACGUUCUCAAUGUUAAAACUGGAAAGGAAAUUUGUAAGAUAAAUGUGGAGUUGCGAAAGGAAGAAAUCCGAGGCGAGUUGAAAGACACAGAAAUAACACAAGUCCACCUUACCUCCAGAAAGCAGUUGCUUGUGGUGUCAGAUGGAUAUAUUAUAAAGCAGCUUAAAGUUUAUGACGCUGCUACUGGCAAGCACGUUUCAGAUAUCCCAGAGUUCGGCAUUGGGCAACGCGAUCGCCUUGUUGUCGCAGAGGACGGGAAGAAAGUUAUCGCUAUAAGGAAUAACUACGAAUUAGUAAAAUGGGACCUUGACACGGGUGAUGCCACCGUCGUUGCUAGAUUACAACCAGGCUUUGGUACUUACGGGCGCAGGGGAGAUUUUGUAGCAACUACCGGAUCGGAUGGGGUUCUUCGAAUUUACGAUGCGCGAGAGAGCGUCGAUGAUGAUGAGACGGAUGUCACUGCCACGACACAAGGCUUUGCUGAUUCAAUAUGGAUGCUUUCAGUUGCAGCAGACAAUCGGCACGUGAUCGCAAGCUGCACCGUCAAGAUGAUGCCUGAGAUUGCAGUGUGGGAUGCACUUACCGGUGUCAAAGUCCGCUCUAUCAAAGCAUAUAACUUCCCCCAGCCUCUGCGUAUGCUGACUGACAAGGUUGGCGUUGGACGAAUCGCUGUGGGAGAACAAAAGAAAGAUAACUUUGAUCACUACAAGUUCAUGGACUUUGACCAGGCAAAAACGCUCCGUGUUCUGCAAGGGAAGUCCAGCAAACGACUGGAGGCCGUCGGGUUUAUUGACAAGAAGAAUUUCAUUGGAUUGUCACGUGGCAGACGGAACUUGAAAGUGUGGGACGUAGACACUGGCAAGGUUGUAGGACAGUACAAACUUGGCCAGAAGUAUCGCCUGGAAGGAAUUCUAAUUAGUGAAGAUGGAAGCAAAGUGAUUUGCUCCCAAGCCAGUUUUUAUGUCGAGCAAGACGCCACGACAGUUCCACUUCUGGUUUUUAAUACCAAGACGCACGAACACAAGGUAAUGGAUCCAAUUGAGGGGGAGCAGUUGGGUUUGGAUGGUUCCGCCAUUACGGAAGAUGGUAAAUACUUCAUCUUACAGCUGAAAAACGAUCAGGUAAGCGCCCUGUGGAACACAGAAACGGGAAAGCUAAUGCAUACGUUGGCUGAAGGUUCUAGUGGAAGAAACAUGGUCGCUAUUUCAUCGAAGAGCAUGCUAGCUGUGACAAGUCACGAGAGCCUUAAAGUUUGGGAGAUCCAGAGUGGAAAUCUGCUUCACGACCUUGUUUCCACGGACAUCGACAAGAUCUACCUCAACCAUGACGGGACCACUGCAAUAACAACAGAUGCCAAAGGGUACCAACCCAGUUCCUUUGAGGCUUGGGAUCUUAUCAAGGGUAAAAAGCUGACCACUUUUACGGUGGACACAAACCCUUUUGCAGUCUGUCCUUUGGGUGACCAGAUAGUUUUUGCAGCGCCUGCCAGUGUCACCGUUAUGACCCUGAGAUUGCACAUACCUGGACGCGAGGAGAAAAAGCCGGGACCAUCGUCUUAUGGCGAGCACAAGGAAAUAAGUGAAUUUAAAGGAAUGAUGGAUCCUUGUGAUCCUAAUGACGAUGACAAUGACGAAGAUGAUGAUGAUAGCGACAUUCGCUAGUAGUCGUACAGCGAUUGUUGUUACGCUUCGUUGUUGAAUCUUUGACUGAAGGGAAAGGUCAGCCUAUAUAAUGACCUCCAUGACCUUUCAUUCUGCGAUUCUUUCAGUAGCAUGUAAAAUCAUAGUUAAUAGAGGGGAAUGUUUAUGAAGCCCGGCAAACAUCCAAGGAGUAAACAAA